ACAACAGGGCGAUGCUUCGCACAGGGCAACACAGUGGCCAUCACCGCCGCCAUCUGGGCUGGGGAGAAGACUCACAGGACUGUCUCUCUCCAGCAACAGAAACAGGGACACGAUGGUGACGGACUCGGUCCACAGCCCCGUGAGCCCCGGUGUUGUCAGCGGCGCGGGCGUGAUCCCCAUUGCCCUAUCUCCAACACCUCCACUGUCCAGUCCGCCCGCCGCGGUGCCCAUAGCUGGGUCAGCACAACAGGAGAAAGCAGGAUUUCAAAGUCAAGGACCGCAGGGACGGUUCCGUGAGGUCGGCGUCGACGGCCGGGAUCUUCCCCCCCUGCCGCCGAUGCCCUUCUCGCCCGAGGAUUCAUCCCCGACAGCAGUGACGGAGGUGAAGUGGUCGCGGGUGCGCGAGCUACGCGCCUCUCUCAAACCCUCGAGGCGUCUACCGCCACCGCUGCCCAGCCCCUCCGUGUACGACGGCUUCGACGGCGAUGCUCCUGACGUAGAGCAGGCGCAGUCGUCAAAGCGCAAGACGCUACUGCAGCGGGCGAUCGAGGGCUGGUGGGACUUGCCGGGGCUGCUGAGCCGGUCGGAUACGGUGAGGGGGAAGUCGAAGCCAUUUCCUUCGUCUAGGAAGGAGACUUCCUGAUAAUAGCAUUUCUAAUGUAAUUCGGCGGUUGAAUCUGUCGUAGAGAGGAUAUGUUGACGAGACUUUCUACUUGAAGUCUCUUUCUUCCUUGCAUUGACACCCGGGCGUUAAGGGGGUUUGAAUUAUACUAGGCUUAG